UUAUUGAACAGCAGUAACAGUCAAACAAACGGUAAUAACGGCAACUGACAGUUUAUGAUGUCCGGUUGGAGGAAAUUACUGCAUAUAUCUUUGUUCAAGGUUGCAUUGCCGUUUCACCCUUUUGAAUGUCAUUAAACCUGCUGACAACGGUCUUCGGUCUCCAGAGUUGUGAUAUGAGAAAGGUGUUAAAAGCCUUUGCAUCAGACAUGCACAAGAACGGCACAAUCACCAAUUAACCAAACCCCACUAACUGCAUGUCUUUGGACUGUGGGAGGAAGUCAGAGUACCCCGGGAGACCAUGCAAGCUCUACACUGCCUAGAUGGUGGAUUUGAACCCAGGACCACAGACUAUAAACCCAAGCACGCCAAGACGAAACCCUAAUGGUGAUUACAUGAAGAUGAAAUCUGCAAAAGGGGAGGCAAAGAUAGAAGAGAGACAAAGCGAUGCGAUCACUGUUAAAGCAGAGCAUAAAUUAGAGCAGGGGAGUGAUGGGGAGGAAGGCUUCAGUCAAGUAUACGCUAAUGGGCACGGCCUUAUUGUCCAGAUAAAGGAGGAACCACAUUCACAGGAGAUCAGUGAGGAGCACAGUGGAGACACAGCAAACUGUUUAGACACUAAGCCUGACACUAUUACAGAUGCUCAUCUUUCACAAGGACGCAUAAAGGAUGAGUUUGACUCCGACCAUCCAGCGCAGUAUGAAUUCACUGAAGCUGCUGUCAAGGAGGAGCUGGAGUCCUGGGUUAAAGAAGAGAGACAGAGUGAAGAGGAGGCAGAGGAUGCAAGCAGCACCAGAGAGGGGUUUGAAGAGGGAGAGGAGGAGGAGGCUUGCACAGAGUCAUCAUCUGAGUUUUUUCCAUGUCCUCACUGCACCGUCUCCUUUACUGACUUGGAGUUCCUGGAGAAGCAUGUUAAGUGGGUCCAUCAGAAACAGUACCUCGCUAAACUCAACACAUGCUUCUCGAGCCGCACACUAAAUCUCAUCCCCAAACACACCUGCGGUGCCUGCAGCAGCACCUUUAACUCUAAAGUACACCUUAGGGUGCAUGUACGUGAAGUCCACCCUUCUGCCCCUCCCCGCAGGCUUCACCCUUGCCCAACCUGCGCUCGCAGCUUCCAGUACCUGAAGAAUCUGAAGAAUCACUGUCAGCGUUGGCACAACAUGUCUGUGGUUACUAGAGGAGGGUAUCUCAGUUGUGCUGAUUGUGGGAAGAGUUUCAAAACUACCUGGGGUCAAGGACCUCACUUGUGUCAUGAACUGGAUAGCACAGAGCCUGAAGAUAAGCCAAUCUGUCUGGACACUGGCGUGCAGUGUCCAGAAUGUGGCAAGAAGGUGCGUACACCUCAAAGCCUGGAGGACCACAUGCGCACCCACACAGGCGACCGGCCAUUUGUCUGCAAGGACUGUGGCAGGAGGUUUGUUGAGCGCAGUGGUUGGCGGCAACACAUGAAAAUACACACAGGGGAGAAGCCCUACAAAUGUCAGGUGUGUGGGAAGGCCUUUUUAAGGUCACACCACCUUAAGUGCCAUUUAACCACACACUCUGGCAAGAAGGAAUAUUCCUGCUCUGAAUGUGGAAAGGAGUUUGGAUUGAAGUCCAGUCUGGAUCUUCACCUGAGGACACAUUCAAGUGAGAGACCCUUCCACUGCAAUGUGUGCGGGAAGAACUUUAACACGCAGAGAAACCUGAGGGUUCACACCAAACUUCACACCAACGAGAAAGCUCAUCAGUGUGGGGACUGCGGAUUGAAGAUCGGCGAUCUCGGUGCUUUAAAAAUACACUUACGAACACACACUGGUGAAAGGCCUUACCACUGCACUGUCUGUGGCAAUAGGUUCAUUCGCCUUGCACAUUUAAGAAAUCACCAACGCACCCACACUGGUGAGAGACCCUACAAAUGCACUGACUGCGACAAGAGUUUCACUCAGUCUGGUGACUUGGUGAAGCAUAAGCGGAUACACUCUGGGGAAAAGCCCUUUGAAUGUCCAGAGUGCCAUCGCUGCUACACUUCCUCUGGUGAUUUGGGCAAGCACAGGAGGAGUCACACUAACUUGCGCCCCUACACAUGUCAAGAAUGUGGGAAAAGCUUCCGCCUGUCAGGCCAUUUGAAAACUCACAUGUUAACUCACACGGGCGAGAAGCCAUACUCUUGCCCCAACUGCCUCCGCAGGUUUGCCCGCUCUCACCAUCUUUCUGGUCAUGUUGCUAAAUGUCGCUAAGCUUCACUGAGAAGAUUGUAAAUAAGUUAGUACUGACUUACAGUGGAAAGUAAAAGUGCUCUACCAAGUCUGCUGUUAGAUUUUUAAAUGAAUGUGUUAAAAUAUAAACUCUUACCUGUAAAUAUAAUGCAUGAUGUUUUUUUAACAGCAAUGUCACAACACUAAUCUGUUUUUGCAAAACACUAUAAAGAAGGCUUGAACACAAUAUGAGGCAGUUUAUUGAGAUUCAGAGAGUGGAUUGUUUUGAGGUGAUUAUUUGAUUUGGCAUUAUAUAAAUGAAUUGAACUGUAUUUUAUUCUUGCGCUUGUUGAAUGCUAAAUUAUGUGUAAUAAAUCAAUUUUUAAGUCAAGUUUAAAGUGCAAGGCGAAUCCUUGUAUUUAUUACCUUAUAUAUUUAUUUUUAGUAUUAUGUUUUAUUGUC